GUUGAAACCGAGAGAGGCAGUGGUAGUGGUCGGGCGCACACGAGUGGCUCUGGCAGUCUGGCUGUUCUCUCUGAUCGUGGUGUUGCUGACUCUGAGCACUUGAGACUUGAGUGUGACUUGAAACAGAGGGAUUAACCACUGCUCAUCCUGCAGGUCAGGUGUCCUUGGGAGCAGCGGCCGCCAGCUUAGGCCGACUCACAGAAAACGGUGGAGCUCAGUGCUGGGCCGUGAGCGCGCCAAAACGGAGGCAGCGCCCGCCGAGAGCGCACGUGUGUUUGUCGCUCCCACUCAGUCGCCCUCAUCCUCUCUUAGACACGUGCAACCGUCACCUCUUAGUGAUGAUCCGGCCAGGAGCGGGGCGAGGCCGGGUCCCUGCGGGACGUAGCUAGCCAUGGCGAGUGGGUCGCACCACUGCAAGGACUGCGGCUUGUACUUCGAAAGCGCGCGGUCCCUCGAAGUGCACCUUCAGUAUCACAAGGAGAACCUAAUGAACAUGUGGAUGGGAAGUGACGAACGUGGGCGUGAGGGUGGUGCGCCGGCACCCUCCCCCGGUCAGGGCGGUGAGCUUACGCCCCUGGGAGUGAGCAGCGGUGAUGGGGGGCUUGUGAGCAGUUCAGUGCAGAGUGUUAACACAGGCGUCAGCUCCAGCGCCUUCACCGCUCCCUCGCCGAUGCAGUACGAGUACAAGAUGUCCCCUGGGCUUCAGUCGCCUCAAGGGGGAGUGGUUGUGCCCCAGGGGCCCCCCUCUGGACAUGGACUAUCCGUGGGCUUCCCUCAGCAGUCCCCGGGUGGCUUCUACCCCGACUAUGGUCAACAGCAGCACCACCAACAACAGCCGCAGCAGUUCUCGGGAUACCAGCCUGGUUUCCUCAACGGGGGCUUUGAUGACGGCUUCUAUGGGCGCGGGCCGGCCACGGCGCCAAGGUUCCACCCGUACAUGGGUCGAUCCCCGGCGCCCACGCCCUCACCGGGCAAUCCACCCCCCGACAUAAAGGAGGAAAUGUCCACCACCGACACGCCCGAGAUCCUCGACUUGGACUCACAGAAAGUGUUAGGCAGCAGCGGUGUGUCGCAGCCGCCCCAGCCUCAGUCAGGGCCGCUGCCGCCCAUGUGGCGGCCCCACGAGCAGUUCCCCGCCCCGAGUGGAAUGGCUAUGGGUGGCCUCCCGCCCAUGCAACAGCCUGGGUUCCCGCCAGGCCAUCCGCCUCCUCCCCAACACAUCCCACCGCUGGCCGGAGGAAACUCCUUCCUGUCCGGUGGUGGGGGCGGUAUCGGGGGCUACCACCCACAGGGGCUUCCCACAGCCCCGCAGGCCAUGACCAGCCCCAGCAGUGUGUUUGGGGCUCCGCCGCCCUCGCCGAGGGAAUCCGCUCCGCCCUCUGAGUUUGCCUCUAAUGUGAAAAGACCGAAAAGCUUCAAAUGUGAGGACUGCAAUAAGUGGUUUACGAGCCACGGACACUUGAAACGGCACUAUAACACGACUCUUCAUAAGAAUAUGACCAAACUGAACGGCAACAGCGCCUCCCGCUCCACCCCAGACCCCACCCGCCCACCAAUUCUCUCUCCGGGUGCCAAGAGCAUUGGCGAGGCCUCAAACAUCUCCAGCCAGGACGAGGAGAGCAACCUGUCGGGCACGGACGCCCUGGAGACACCGCCGCCCCCUCCAAUGCAGCAGCCCCCACCUGCUUACAAUCCCCCGCCCACCUCCCUCUCGGGCUAUCAGCCCCCUGGGGUCCCUGGGCCCUCCCAGGGGCUCCACCCUCCGCCACAGUUCAGUCAGGCGCCGCACUUUCUAGGGGGUGAGCAGCCCCCAACGGCACCGACGUUAUACCACGGUCACUUCAGCACCAACCCGGCAGGGUUUGGCGCCCAGCCGCCUGUAUCUAUGGGAGGCGGUCCACCUUUUUAUCCCGGCAGCGGGAACAACUUCAGUGGUUAUCAGACGCAGGGGGGCCACCAGGGCCCGGGGUUUCAUUCCAUGAGUGAAUACCCCGGGCAAAGCCUGGAUGGAUUCAACAAUUUCAAGUUGGAUAGUGAGAGCGGGUCAGGCGGAGCCUCGCGCUCCCCGGAGCCUGCGGGAGGCGACACCGGCUCGGAGGCUUCCAUGGAUUCCAACGAGUCUGCAGGCACCACCAGCAGCGCGAAUACGGGUGAGGGCACCUUCAGGUGUCAAGACUGUGGCAAACUCUUCAACCGCAUGUGUUACCUGACCCAGCACCGCACCACCUACCACGAAGGGGAGAAGCCCUUCAAGUGUGGCACCUGUGGUAAACGCUUCCCGGAUGAAGCCUCCUUCAGCGACCACCAGACCAAGCACGCGGGCGACAAGCCGUACAAGUGCGAGGUGUGCCCCAAGCAGUUCAACCACAAGACGGACUUGCGGCGCCACAUGUGCCUCCACACCGGGGAGAAGCCCUUCACCUGCGAGCAGUGCGGCAAGGGCUUCAUUCGCAAGGACCACAUGCUCAAGCACUUCCAGACACACCGUAAGAAGGCCAUGGCCGCCUCCGCCGCGCCCUCCCAUCCUCCACAGGGGCCGGCCAUCAGUCAUGCGCCGCCAGGUUUCCCGGGGCACCAUCCGGCUCACCGCCAAAGUGUUCCUCACGGAGCCAUGGGUCAUCCGGGUCACGGCCCACCGGGGCACCCAGGCCACCCUCCCCAUGUCGUGGCCCCGCCCGUUUACUGAUGACGGCCCAGCUGUGGCCCCGGAGUGGGCGGCAUGACCCCUGUGGGUGACCUGGCCGCGCACGCCGCGCCCGUCUUCCGCCGGUGCUGAGUUCCUGUGGCCGCCACGCCCCACAUCUACCUCACGCGGCUUCCGCCGCCCUGUGAUACCGCGCCAACAUUCCAUGCCGCGGGCGGCCACCCCUGUGCCAUACUGACUCCGCCGCCCAGCCGGGUGGCCGGAGUCGCCCCGGCCCGGCCCCGUGCCUCGCGUUCCGUGCCUGAGGCCUCCGUUACCUCGCAUCGUGUCCUCCUCCUACUGUGAAACACACCCGCUCAGAGGCUCGUGGCCGCCAAUGUGCAGGAAAGUGAACUUACCUGUAUCAGUAUUGUUGUGGCCGCCACGACCCUCAUCCUCUCACCUGCUACUUGACCUGCCUCACCUCCGCCUCCCCGCACGUGCCUCACCUCCGCCUGUCACAGCACCCUUUUUUUCCCCUCCUCUCCCUCCCCUUCCCCCCCUUCCCUGACCUGGUGGGCACCCUCCUCCCUCCUCCUCUCCAACUGUGACCCGCACCACUCCUUCGGCCCACACACACACACAAACACACACACACACACACACACACACACACACACACACACACACACACACACACACACACACUUAAAUCACUCAUACACACACACACACACACACACACACACACACACACACACACCUGUAUACAGUGCAGCGCGUCAAGAGGAGGCGAGAGCAGUGCCCGGCCCGGCGGGGUGGGAGUGAGGGUUGUGGUGGAGCGCCCGUCUGCACUCGGACACCAGCAGCAGUAAAACGGUUACACAAACAAUACCUCAGAAUACUCGGAAUACCUCAAGCAUGUGUCAAAAACUUAUGCACAAAACCUAACAGGGUUAGUCUUAUGCAAAGUGAUAAUAUGCUACUUGGUGUGAUGUGGCGCCGGAGGUGCAGCAUUUACGGUGUGAGGGUUCUGCUCGCCUCUUAAUUCGAUCAGAUGCUUGUGGCCACUUUUGGCUAUUGUUAUUUUUACAUGAUUAGCUGUGUACACGCCCCGGGUGACCUCUACACGAUAAGAAACACGAGUUAUCCCCACCCAAUGUAAUUUAAUUUUAUACUGUUAUCAAAAUGUCUUGGAAUUAUAACAAAAUUUGUGAACCUUGGGUGCUCGCAGCAGCGAGCUGAUCAUUGGUCCGCCUCAUUGGUAUGCAAUGUGACAAAGACAGUGAUGCUACUCGACCUGUUGUUUCGUUUUCUGCCUAAGGUUGUAUUCAAGUUUUGUUUUGGAUACCGAGGGGCACCUUGUAUAUCAUUACCGUUAAUGUUAUCAUAAUGAAACUCAAAUCUAGACCUUAGUGAUAUUCAAUUUAGACAUUAAUAAUGACAUUUGUGUUACGGAUUUUAGAAUUCUUUUUAAGAAUAAAGACUAGUUUUUGUAA